AUGGCGGCGACGGGCUCGAGGAUGGACCCGAGCUGGGCUCGCUGCGCUGCGCUGCGCUGCCUGCCGCUGCCUUCCGCUGCCUCACCGCUCUUGUCCCAGUUGCAGCCCAAAGGACUUGGCGCUCCCGAGGCCCAGCUGGGCUCUCCUAACAUGGCCAGCUCGAGCCUGAGCUCGCCGCCUUGGGGCCACUUGGAAGUAUUCGCAAAAAUCUCGAAAAUCUCGAAAAUCAGCGGCACCGAAAAGCUCGGCCGAGGUCUGCAAUGUUUCAUCAAAUCAAGCGAGGCUGGGCAAAAGAGCAGUGUCCAAGUCACCCAGAGCAGGCGCAAGGCUGGUAGCAGUUGGUCGUCGUCGCUGCACUUCCUUCUCGACACCCUACGACUUCGUCAUCAAGAAUCAUUCAAGGUAAGGCGCUACACCUCAUACACCUCUCAGAAUCGACACCAGAACAACCACGAACGCAGCCAGCCACCAUCGCAUCAGCACCACCAACUUUCGCCAUCGACACCGCUCCGAUACGCACGCUACUCAGAGAUUAGCGAUGCCGAUCAGUCUCUCGACUGGUCGCUGCGCGAACCGCUCGCGGAUGUGAUGGGUGCCUACAAAUACGUCGAGGAGCUCUACAAGAAGAAGCAGAGCGAUGUGCUCCGUUUCCUUCUCCGCGUUCGGUUAGUAUCCGACCCGCCGCGCCCCACCGCCAGCACCAGCACCAUUUAUCUUCGCCGCUCUCGUCGCCGCCAUUUGCCCGCUACUCUGCUGCUGCCACGUUGGUUCAAAGAGCUUGUCCUGCACAGCGGCAAGGCAGAUCGACGCACCGCAUGUGGCUCAAUGUGGCAAUGGAGGAGAUCGUGUCCUUGGGGUUCAGCCGUCGCCAAUGACGCUCUGGCUCUCAUUGGCACGUUUCUCCUACUGCGUGCGCAAGCCCAGCUACAUGCCGCACGUCUUUCAUGCUGGGAGUACCGCCAGCUCAACGUGAUCCACCGCGCUUCGCGCCCUUCGCGUCUUGACAAGGCGCACCGUCUUGGCUACAAGUCGAAGCAGGGCUACGUUAUCUACCGCAUCCGUGUGCGCCGUGGUAACCGCAAGAAGCCCGUUCCCAAGGGUGCCACCUACGGCAAGCCCGUUCGCCAGGGUGUGAACCACCUCAAGUACCAGCGUUCGCUGCGUGCCACCGCUGAGGAGCGUGUGGGCCGCAAGUGCUCCAACCUGCGCAUCCUCAACUCGUACUGGAUCAACCAGGACGGUGUGUACAAGUACUUUGAGGUCAUCGCCGUUGACCCUCAGCACAAGGCCAUCCGCCGCGACCCGCGCAUCAACUGGAUCGCCAAGGCCGUUCACAAGCGCCGCGAGUGCCGUGGCCUCACCGCCACCGGCAAGAGGAGCCGUGGCCAGGGCAAGGGUCACCGCUACAACAAGACCCAGGGCGGCGGCAAGAACGCCACCAUCCGCAAGCGCGACACCCUCCAGCUGCGUCGUUACCGUUAA